GUUCCCCUUUCCCAUCCAACGGCGAAAGUCGGAACAAGAAGGACGAUGCAAAGCAAUCUCCUUUUACGAAAGGCCUACCAAGGACUACUAUGAUGACAAUCUUAGACAAAAGAUUGGAGGAGUACAGGCAAGACCAAGAAUCCCAAGUACAAAACCUCAACGCCCAGCUACGACAAGCGAAAGAGCAAAAGGAUGAAUUUGAGCGAAAAUUAGAGGAGAUGAGGAAGUUAUGGAUCGCCCUAUGUGCACUACAGGAUGGACAUUUCUCACUACUCACAAUCAACAGAUAAUUGAAUUAACUAGCUGGGUCCUCACAAUCAACAGAUAAUUAAAUUUGCUCCUCUUCAUCAUCAGGAACAACAGGAACAGUCGAGAAACCACUAACAACCCAACAACAAGCUAGACUAGCGGGUAGAACUCGUCAGGGAAAUCUUAGGCAGCUCGCCGAAUAGAUUCAAAUCGUCAGUAGGUCCUUUUCUAACCCAAAGCACCGCAGCGGAGCGUGUAGACGAACUCGGGGAGGAACUAGAGGAGAUGCGUAAAGCUGCUAAGCGUAGAGAGGAGGAAUUUCAUAAAUUGACGAAACAGCUGAAUCACGAGUGGUACACAAAGACGGAAGCUCUUCAACGUUAUGGUAAAGGCUAGUAGUACCAGGAGGCUCUUCUUUUUAAGUAUCUAUAACGAUAACUCACUAAGUGUAGUAGUACCAGGAGGCUCUUUCUUUCUUUUACCUAACGAUAACUCACAGAAUUGGAUAUAUAGCUGUCUCAAGCUCUAAUACGCAGAGAAAAUCUCCGCCUUGCGCAAUCUUGAGUCAGUGCAGAAAAGUGUGGAACAAAAAAUCGCUGACCGCGUCCAAGAACAACUCGGCAAAGCUCAGACAGCCAUCAAGGGGGCUGCCGCACGUGCGGAAAGCGAGCACGUGAGUGAAGUAGCUCGCCUGGAGAGAUUAGUCCGAACUUUGCAAGCGCAACUGCAUGAAGCUAAAGGGAGUAAGCUGUCGUCGUUGAUAAUGGCACAAUCGCUGUCGCCUGGAGGUGGGGGAACGAGUCCUCAGGGCGUACGAGGAAAGGGCGUACGAGGACAGCAACAACAUCUCCAACCAAUAGGUGAACAAGCUAGUAUUUUUGCCGGUGAACAAUUAUGGCUACCGCUGAAGCAUCCUCAUCACCAUCCCUGGCGCUUUCUCUACUUGAAAAAGAAGCCAAGGAUGCGCUGAGGGAUCAUGCCAACAUGUCAGCUCUAAAACAAAUAGGCGGAUCUUCUU